UGCGCGGGCGCGGCGCUGAUCCCCGCGGCGGACGUGAAGGUGGAGGUGCUGCAGAAGCCGUUCAUCUGCCACAGGAAGACUAAGUGGGGGGACAUGAUGCUGGUUCACUACGAGGGCUACUUGGAGAGGGAUGGCUCCAUGUUUCACUCCACUCACAAGCAUAACAAUGGUCAGCCUAUGUGGUUUACACUUGGCAUAAGGGAAGCUAUCAAAGGCUGGGACAGAGGUUUGAAGGACAUGUGUGUGGGAGAGAAGCGGAAGCUAACUAUUCCUCCAGCCCUUGCUUAUGGAAAAGAAGGGAAAGGAAAAAUUCCACCUGAGAGCACGCUGAUUUUCAACAUUGACCUUCUGGAAAUUAGGAAUGGACCAAGGUCUCAUGAGUCAUUCCAAGAGAUGGAUCUUAACGAUGACUGGAAACUGUCCAAGCAAGAGGUGAAAAUUUACUUGAAGAAAGAAUUUGAAAAGCAUGGAGCAGUGGUAAAUGACACCCAGCAUGAUGCUUUGGUUGAAGAUAUAUUUGAUAAAGAAGAUGAAGACAGUGAUGGGUUUAUAUCUGCAAGGGAAUUUACUUACAAGCAUGAUGAACUGUAGAAAAGGGUGGCAUAACUUUUUUUACAUCAGUGGCAGUGACUUAGACGGUCUUAAUUCUAUGUUUUGGAGUUGACUGCUGAUGUUGGCAAAGAAACACUUUGUUUAUGUAAAAGAGAAUUUCUGUUCAUUAUGUACAAAUA